ACUAUUGAUUUAAACCUAGUCCAUACUGACACAGAAAAUUUGAAUAGGUCUAUCAUAGUAAACAGUGUUAUUUCUGUUUACCCCGCGUCCCUAACAUUCCCCUUGCAAGGAGUAAAUACCCCCAAUCCGAGCCCUAACUUAAAAGCAACACAUCCAGUUCUCACAUUUGAUGUGCCCUCCUACCCUGAUGUCUUUUCUACUCUCAGAGGGCAGAGAGGCUUGUAUGAUGCUUGGAUCAACUUCUCCUUGCAGCUUUCCCUGAGGCAGACUCUUGGGGAAUCUGCUGCCAAACACAUGCUUGUAACACCUACCCAUAUGCGCCACUACAAACAUGGCCGAUGUGAUCCUACAUACUCACUCACCAUGCAUUCUCGUCAGUUAGUACGUGCCUUGGAAGCCUGUGUUGGCUCAGAUGACACAAUCCAAUACACUACUGACCUCCUACGCUUGUUCCAUGUUGCAUUUUUGGAGCAUAAGAGCCUCAUCAAAAACACCAAAAGGGGUCAGGGAGUUGGUCCCCACCUAGCUGCCCUGCGUCGAUCAUUGCCAUCUGACAACCCACUGAAGAAGUUCCUGGACCCCUUUGGAUGUCCAGCUGUGUACCUCACAGGUACAGAUCUGAUGGAAGGUGUGGAGUGUGGCGUAGGGAAUGUUUAUACCCAAGAUCAGCUUGCUGUAACCUACCUCGGUAAAAGAGAAAAGGUUCGCAUUGUGCUUAAUGGGAAAGGGAGCUUUGCUCUGGCAUUGGAGAAGCUUCAAGAAAGCCUUAAGAAAAACCUGAAGUUAGUGAUGCGUCUAGCUGUUAGAUAUGCCAUAGCAUACCAGAUGGGAGCCCUGGAGUGUUUGCUCCAACAGGGUCAAAGAGAGGAAAUGAAUGGAGAGAGAGAUCACCACCCAGAGAGCCCAGACUAUACUCUAGUGAUCCAUGGUGGUGCCGGAGAGGUGAUGAUGUUGAACACAGAAGUGAUCGGGGCUAUUGAGUUUGCUCUACAAACAGCCUUAACCCUUGGAUCCCAAGUGCUUCAACAAGGUGGCAGGAGUCUGGAUGCAGUUCAGAGGUCAGUAGAAGCUUUGGAGGACUGCUUCCUAUUCAAUGCAGGUAAAGGCUCAGUAUUCAACAAAGAUGGCAAAAAUGAAAUGGAAGCAACCAUUGUAGAUGGCAAUGCAAUGAGGUCAGGGUCUGUUGCUUGUGUGCAAAGUGUGAAGAACCCGAUAAAAGCUGCCAGAUAUGUCAUGGAGAAAAGCUCACAUUCACUCAUUGUGGGAGAUGGGGCUGAGGAGUUUCUGCAAGGGUUGGAGGAGAAAGAGAAACCUGUUGGGCCUGAGUAUUUCUACACUGAUAUACGUCACAGAGAGCUAACUGCAAAUCUCAGUAGUGGAAAUGCCUCAAAAAACAAUCAUCCUCAGACAGUUGGAGCUGUGGCUUUGGAUCGUUGGCAUGGGUUGGCUGCUGCAUCCUCCACAGGUGGGUUGGUAGGAAAGCUGAAAGGGCGAGUUGGGGAUACGGCAGUAGUAGGGGCAGGAAUAUAUGCUGAUGACAAGGUAGCUAUUACCUGCUCUGGAGAUGGAGAUGUAUUUCUGAGGCAAACAGUUGCACAGAAAAUAGCCAGUCUCUACCACCACAAAGGCCAUAGCCUUAGGCAGGCAUGUAGAGAAGUGAUGGCUGAAAAUCUGUAUGGGAUCUGUGCAGGAAUCAUUGCAGUGGACACUAAAGGUGAUGGCAUCAUUGAAACAAAUGCUGCUGUGAUGUUUGUGGCCUCCAUGAGAAGUGGCAUUUCACGAGUAGAGGUCCUAAGGCCACUGAAGAGCUUCUCUGAUGUGAUCUGGGAAACAGAUGAGCUGGUUGCCUACCUUGAUCCCAGCCCCUGGAUCCCUGGGUCAACCAUUCUGACUAAUAAAACUCUUAAUGGGGCAAGCAACAUCUUCCAGUUGGCUACACCUGAUUUUGUUGCUAUGCUGCAAGCAGCAAAAGCUGUGGCAAGCUUGCUAUGUGAGCGAUUGGGAGUGCAGCGCUGUGCCUUGGUUUUCAAUCCAAUACCUGAUCAGCCAGCACAAAUCAGACUGCUACCGCUUCAUGGUAUAGAGCCAAAGUGGCAGCCCCAUCUAGCCAAUGAAGAAGAAUUCCACACAUUCCAUCCUGGCUACUGCACCUCAAAAAGUGGCCCACGCUGGGAUGAUGAGGCACUGGCCCAGGUUCAAGCCAAGAUUAGAAAUGGACUGCCAACAGCGAAUGCACCCCCUUGCUUUGACUUUUUUGGAGACGCUUCCCAUGAUAACCUGUUCAGUCGUAUUGUGCGUGGAGAGCAGCAACAGUGGAGAGUGUGGGAAGACAGUGAGCAUGUUGCCUUCCUGACACCAUACCCAAACACUCCUGGACUCACUGUUGUGGUGCCACGCAAACCACUGUCCAGUGACAUCUUCAAACUACAGGAAGCUGACUACAAAGCACUGAUCUUAGCCACUUAUAAAGUUGCCCGACUACUGGAAGAGGGGAUGAGAGCUCGAGGCGUUGCACUGAUCUUUGAGGGCUUUGAGAUUGACUAUGCUCAUGCCAAGCUGAUCCCUGUGUUACCUUCACCAGAUGGCACUAAUCCUGCUGAACUGCAACCAGAGUGCUUCCAAAGCUACCCUGGAUAUGUGUCAUCACUGGAUGGCCCAGCAGCUGACCCUGAGGCCCUCAAAAAGAUCCACUCAAAAAUUACAGAGUGCAGGCCUCCUCAUUCAUGGGAAGACCCUCAGUCUCACUCCACACUUGCCAUCAAGAGCCCGUGGUAUCGCAACCUGUUCCAGAUUCAAAACACUCUUUUCCACAGCACAGUGGAAUAUUUUCACAGUUCCUGCCAGUACUCUUAUGCUCUAACCCCUCUCACCACAGACACCAUCUCCUCACCAAUGGGCCUAGGAUCUGACUCAGAACCAGUUUUUGUUAACCUGCUGGGCCAGGACAUCUACCUGGCUGACUCAAUGCAAUUUGUGCUUGAAUACUUCCUUCGCUUCCAGGAGAACCUGCCGGGGACGUACUACAUUUCUCCCAGCUUUAGAGGGGAAGACCCUGAUGCCACACACUUGAACCAGUUUUACCACGUGGAGUGUGAACUGUUGGGUGACAUGGACAAGGCCAUGUCCAUAGCGGAGGGAUUCCUGGCUCACCUUACCAAGGCUAUGCUGAAGAAACACUGUGAUAUGAUCCUAAACACUGCCGGGACCCUUGCACAUGUCACAGCCAUGCUGAGCAAGCUGGAUGGAAAAACAGCACUGCCAAGAAUCUCUCUAGACCAGGCCAUUCCCAUGAUGCCCUCUGCUGACUGCCUAGAGUGGGUCCAAGAUGGCCAGCCCCGGUUUGGCAGAAAGCUAACACGCAAAGGAGAGCGGGUCUUGAUCGAAAAAUAUGGUGGUGCUGUUUGGCUGACUGAAAUGGACCAUUUGGGAGUUCCCUUCUACCAGGCAUAUGUGGAGGGCACUGGGCGGGGUAAAGCCAAAGCUGCUGACCUUCUCCUGGGGCUGGGUGAGACUGUGGGUCUUGGCGAACGUCAUUCCACCCCUGAGAUGGUGCAAGAGGCCCUCAGGCACCAUGCCGUGCCAGAGCAGUCCUACAAGUGGUACAUUAACAUGCGGCAAGUGAAACCACUCCUCACCAGUGGAUGGGGCAUGGGGACGGAGCGCUACUUGUGUUGGUUGCUUCAGCAUGAUGACAUCAGAGAUAUAAAUAUAAUUCCUAGGAUGAAAGGAAUGAAGUACAUGCCCUGAUCAUCAGUUCUUCACAGGUGUUCAGGCCCUCAGAUGUGAUAUUUGUGUAAUAAUGGGACCAAAGAAGAAUAUACAAUAUGACUUUAAACCAUUAAAAUUCCUCAAUAAUCCAGACUUUAGGACUUUCAUACAGGUUUGGGUUUCUUCAUCAGGCUUUUCCCAAUGUGUCUAUAGAUAGAAGAAAUGUCCUACAGCCUUUAGUUCUACCCAACCCAUGUAUCCUUCAAAGUUAAAAGUUUCUGUAAAUUGAGUGUUUUAGAACCAGAACAUAAACUAGAGGCCUCAUCACAGAUAGAAUAAAUAGAGAAUGUAGAGUAAGUUAGAAAUUAGGUUUCAGGAAGUAAAUCUUUUGUUUUUCUUUAAAUGUUAACACUAACUCCUUUCUUAGUGGCACUGUAAAGCUACAGUAUCAAUGCAACUGCAAAGUGUACAAGGUAAAGAAUACAAUAGUAGUGUAAGAACAACUUUUCAACAGUCUUGAAAAAAUUAUUAUUCAAGGCUGUGUAAACUAUAAAUAACUUGUUCACUAUGUAAGGGCCCCCACGGUUGACGAUGGAUGGAUGGAUGGACUAUGUAAUGGCAACAUAAAGGAAUGCAUUUGUUAAAGUCCUUGGACAUUGUAUUACCUUGUUUGCAAGCAAUUCUUUGUAUUGUCCCUCAAUAUAAUGUUUUGUUAGGGGUCCAAACCCGGCUGCCCAGCAAGGCAUUGUGGUUCCCUGUACCAGCAGAGCUGGGAACCCUAUUGAAAUCGUUAGGAUUUUCAUUAUUCCGCCGCUAAAACUCUUACUGUAGUCUAGACGGUAAAUGCUACAGACACGAAACGCAUAUGGUAGGUCCAAACCACUGCAAGUACCUCAGGGGCAAAAAUCUGCACACUUCUACCACUAGGGGGUGCAUAUCAAAAACCUUAUAUCCAUGCGUUCGGGGGAUCGAGCUGAAUGUAAUGGUAUAGGCCACGGCCAUUUCCGCCUAGACUUUUUUUUUGCUACAUCGCGAAAACUUAUUAAUCGCGAUAACUAAUUAACUCCUCUGAAGCCACAAGUCCGAUCGACACCAAACUUCUCUGGACCAAGCUGAUGAAAGUUUGUAGAGGAAAUUUUGAUACGACAAAAACUGUUAAGAUGAAACGCUAAUAAAUGUUUGCGAAAAAUGCUAUAAAAAGGAAGUGAUGUCAUAUCUUUGCUUUGGAAUGGCCGAUUGACAAAAAAACCCUUUGACUUACAUGAAUUUUAUAUCGCCAUAACCACAAGACCGAUUCAUACCAAAUUUGGGCUAAUUGUUCCCCAUGGGGCCCUGAUGACACCUCAAACAUUUGGUGCAAUUUGGCUUAAAGAUGGCACUACAAUCAAAACUCAAAUACACCAUUCAUUUCAAUUGGAUUUUCAACCAAAGGACAUUUUGCCUCAUAACUACACGCCAAUACAUCGCACGUUCAUAAACCUUAUGUCUACAUGUUUGAGGGAUGCUGCCGAUUCUGAUGGUAUAGGACACGCCUCUGUGCGAUGACGUCAUUUCGCUAAAUCGC